AUGCGUCCGUCGCCGGGGGGUCUGGCCCGGGUCCCCUCGCUCCCGAGCGGCGGCCUCGGCGGGCUGCCUCCGUCGCCCGAGACCGGUGCGUUCAGCCAUUACUUUGCUGGGCGCCGCUCGCCGGAUCUCGGCUCGCGGCCGCGGGGAGCACCACGCUCGGGGAGCACCACGCUCGGGGAGCACCGCGCUCGGGCGCUCCGCCGCUCGCCCCGCUCCCGGCCCUCCUCCCUCUCUCUCCGCCCCUUCCCCCUCUUCUUUCUGCUCUUUCUUCCCCGCGCCCGGGUCCUCGGCCGCCGUCUCCCCCGCGUCCUCGCCGGCCCGGGGGCCGCCGCGCCGGGGCCGGAGGAGGGCUCGCUCGCCUCGUCGUCGGGCUCCGACAAGGAAGACAAUGGGAAGCCCCCGUCCUCCGCCCCGUCCCGGCCCAGACCCCCGCGGAGGAAGCGGCGAGAGUCCAGCUCGGCCGAAGAGGACAUCAUUGAUGGAUUUGCCAUGACCAGCUUUGUCACUUUUGAAGCGCUGGAGAAAGAUGUAGCCCUUAAGCCUCAGGAACGUGUGGAGAAGCGCCAGACUCCUCUGACCAAGAAUAAACGAGAAGCACUUACCAAUGGCUUGUCCUUUCACUCCAAGAAGAGCAGACUCAGCCACCCGCACCACUACAGCUCCGACCGAGAGAAUGACCGUAACCUCUGCCAGCACCUCGGGAAAAGGAAGAAGAUGCCCAAGGGACUCCGACAGCUCAAGCCGGGACAGAACAGCUGCAGGGACAGUGACAGUGAAAGCGCCAGUGGAGAAUCCAAGGGCUUCCACCGGAGCAGCUCUCGGGAGAGGCUCAGCGAUAGUUCAGCUCCUUCCAGCUUGGGAACAGGCUACUUCUGUGACAGCGACAGCGACCAGGAAGAGAAGGCAUCUGAUGCCAACUCUGAAAAACUCUUCAACACUGUUGUAAACAAAGAUCCGGAGUUGGGCGUGGGCACGCUCCCCGAACAUGACAGCCAGGAUGCCGGGCCCAUUGUCCCCAAGAUCUCGGGUCUAGAGCGUAGCCAGGAGAGGAGCCAGGACUGUGGCAAAGAGGCCCUCUUGGAGCCUGUGGUGCUGAAAGACCCGUGUCCUCAGGUCCCCCCGCCACCGCCCCCGGCGCCUGCAGAGCCCCAGCCACGAGCUCCUUCUCCGGGCCCCGAGCUGGUGCGGCGCCCCGAGCUCCCUGCCCAGCCUCCGCCUCCAAGCACACAGCCGCCACCGGCGCCCCCCGAGGCCCAGCUGCAGCCUGCCCCCCAGCCACAGGCCCAGAGGCCACCGCGGCCACAGUCCCCCGGCCAGCUGCUCCACCAGGGCCUGCCACCCGCGCAGGCCCACCCAUCGGCGCAGGGCCUCGGCCAGCCGCUGUCCGCCUACAACAGCAGCGUGAGCCUCAACAGUCUCAGCAGCAGCAGAAGCAGCACCCCAGCAAAGACUCAGCCCGCCCCUCCUCACAUCUCCCACCACCCCUCUGCCUCCCCGUUCCCCCUCUCACUGCCUAACCACAGUCCCCUGCAUAGCUUCACACCCACCCUCCAGCCCCCCGCACACCCACAUCACCCCAAUAUGUUUGCCCCUCCCACGGCUCUGCCGCCCCCACCACCUCUAACAUCGGGAAGUCUGCAGGUCCCUGGACACCCGGCCGGGAGCACCUACUCAGAGCAAGACAUCUUGCGCCAAGAGUUGAACACACGCUUCUUGGCCUCCCAGAGUGCUGACCGCGGGGCCUCGCUGGGCCCCCCGCCCUACCUGCGGACGGAGUUUCACCAGCACCAACACCAACACCAGCACACGCACCAGCACACGCACCAGCACACCUUCACGCCAUUCCCGCACGCCAUCCCGCCUACCGCCAUCAUGCCCACGCCAGCACCUCCCAUGUUUGACAAAUACCCUACAAAAGUUGACCCCUUCUACCGGCACAGUCUCUUCCAUUCCUACCCUCCUGCAGUCUCGGGCAUCCCCCCCAUGAUUCCGCCCACUGGCCCCUUCGGUUCCCUCCAAGGAGCAUUCCAGCCGAAGUUGACAGAUCCUUUCAGACCUAUGUUAAGGAAACCAGGGAAAUGGUGUGCCAUGCAUGUUCACAUCGCCUGGCAAAUCUACCACCACCAGCAGAAGGUCAAGAAACAGAUGCAGUCAGACCCACACAAGCUGGACUUCGGACUGAAGCCCGAGUUCCUGAGCCGCCCCCCAGGUCCCAGCCUCUUUGGAGCCAUCCACCACCCCCACGACCUGGCACGGCCUUCGACUUUGUUUUCUGCUGCUGGUGCUGCACACCCAACCGGGACCCCGUUUGGGCCACCUCCUCAUCACAGCAACUUCCUUAACCCCGCUGCCCACCUCGAGCCUUUUAACCGGCCCUCAACGUUCACGGGCCUGGCAGCCGUUGGUGGCAAUGCCUUCGGGGGACUUGGAAAUCCUUCAGUUACACCCAACUCAAUGUUCGGCCACAAGGAUGGCCCCAGUGUGCAGAACCUUAGCAGCCCUCACGAGCCCUGGAACCGGCUGCACCGAACGCCUCCGUCGUUCCCGACCCCUCCGCCCUGGCUGAAACCAGGCGAGCUGGAGCGCAGCGCGUCCGCUGCAGCUCAUGACAGAGAUAGAGAUGUAGAUAAACGAGACUCCUCCGUUAGUAAAGAUGACAAAGAAAGGGACAGCGUUGAGAAGAGACACUCCAGCCAUCCGUCGCCAGCACCUCUCCUCCCGGUGAACGCCCUGGGACACAGCCGCAGCUCUGCCGACCAGAUCCGGGCUCAUCUGAACACAGAGGCUCGCGAGAAAGACAAGCCCAAAGAGAGGGAGCGUGACCACACGGAGCCCCGCAAGGACCUGGCGGCCGACGAGCACAAGGCGAAGGACGGCCACCUGCCGGAGAAGGACGGGCACGGCCACGAGGGGCGCGCCGGGGCCGAGGAGGCCAAGCAGCUGGCCCGCGGGCCGUCCCCCUACACUCGGACCCCGACAGUGGAGGGCGCCCGGCCCAACAGCACCUCGAGCCGCGAGGCCGAGCCGCGCAAGAGCGAGGGGGCCUAUGAGAACCCCAAGAAGAGUGCCGAGGUCAAGGUGAAGGAGGAGCGUAAGGAGGACCACGACCUGGCCCCCGAGGCCCCGCAAGCCCAUCGGGCCUCUGAGCCACCGCCACCCAGCUCCUCAGCCAGCGUCAACCCGGGGCCCCUGGCCUCCAUGCCCAUGACCGUGGGGGUGGCCGGCCUGCACCCCAUGAACAGCCUCAGCAGCCUGGACAGGACUCGCAUGAUGACACCUUUCAUGGGCGUCAGCCCCAUCCCGGGCGGAGAACGCUUCCCCUACCCCUCCUUCCACUGGGACCCCAUCCGGGACCCGCUGAGGGACCCCUACCGGGAACUGGACAUCCACAGGAGGGACCCCCUGGGCAGAGACUUCCUGCUGCGGAGUGACCCCCUCCACCGCCUGUCAACACCCCGCCUGUACGAGGCCGAGCGCUCAUUCCGGGACCGGGAGCCCCACGACUACAAUCACCACCACCACCACCACCCCCACCCGCUGGCCGUGGACCCCCGGCGCGAGCACGAGCGUGGUGCCCACCUGGAUGAGCGUGAACGCCUUCAUGUGCUGCGUGACGACUAUGAGCACCCCCGGCUGCACCCUGUGCACCCUGCCUCGCUCGACGGACACCUGCCGCACCCCGGCCUUAUCGCCCCCGGCCUGCCCAGCAUGCACUACCCCCGGAUCAGCCCCACGGCGGGCCACCAGAACGGACUGCUCAACAAGACGCCCCCCACGGCCGCACUCAGCGCGCCGCCCCCACUCAUCUCCACACUGGGGGGCCGCCCCGUCUCCCCGCGAAGGACCACCCCUCUGUCCGCAGAGAUGAGGGAGCGGCCACCGUCCCACACCCUCAAGGACAUCGAGGCUCGAUGAG